AUGCCGUUUGACGCAGUUGGUGCCGUUGGGGGAGGUUCCAGCGAUGGUGCGGAUGCUUUGUUCGACCCCUCAGCUCCCUUCUUCAGUCGCUUCAAUAGUCGCAGGUCAGUUGUCUAUAGCACAAAGGGCAUCGUUGCGGCCUCGCAGCCUCUUGCUGCUCAAGCCGGACUUGACAUCUUAAAGGCCGGUGGCAAUGCUGUCGAUGCUGCGAUAGCCACUGCCGCCGCUCUCGGCGUGACUGAGCCAUGCUCGACUGGAGUGGGAGGAGACAUGUUUAUGAUAUACUGGGAUGAGAAGAAGCAAAAGGCGUUUGCAAUGAACGGCUCAGGUCGAUCACCAGCUGGGUUGACAAUUGAAAAAUGCCGAGAGUUGGGCAUGAGCGGCAAUAUACUCUCGCCACAAAACGCAAACUCGGUCACAGUUCCUGGACAAGUCGCCGCAUGGUUCGAUGCAAUGGAUGCUUAUGGGAGCGGAAAGGUUACUAUUGAACAGUUGUUGAAGCCAUCUAUCGAUCUCUGUGAAGAUGGCUUCCCCGUCUCCGAAAUCACGGCAAGACAAUGGAUAGAAUGCGAGGGGAUGCUGAAGAAGGUUUCUCCAAGCGGAGGCGAGCUUCUCUUGGCUGACGGCAAGGCUCCUAGAGCUGGACAAAUCUUCAAAAAUCCAAACCUUGGCAAGGUGCUUCGAGAAAUAGCCACGAAAGGCAGAGCAGGCUUCUAUGAAGGAUGGGUAGCUGAGGCUAUCGUCGGCACUCUCCAGCAGCUCAAAGGAGUUAUGACGACACAAGACUUGAUGGAUCACACAACGACCUUUGUUGACCCGAUAUCGAAAUCGUACAAAGAGUAUAAACUCUGGGAAUGCCCACCGAAUGGCCAAGGUAUCAUCGCACUAGAGGCGUUGGGUAUCAUCGACAGUCUGGAGAAGGCAGGAAAGAUUCCUUCCCUCAAGAGCCUAGGGCACAACUCCGUUGAAUACGUCCAUACACUAGCAGAGGCGCUGAGAUAUGCCUUUGCUGAUGGAGAUGCCUACGUUUCGGAUCCAGAGCACUCUGGGUCAGCUUGGAAAAGCCUUCUGGACGACGAGUACCUGGCUGAGCGAGCAUCUAGCUUUAAACUAGAUGCCUUUGAUGCGACUUUGAAGAACGGAUUCCCCGCCAAAGCCUCCGACACAGUCUAUCUGACUACAUCUGACUCGGAGGGCAACGCUUGCAGCUUCAUUUGCUCGCUCGCUUCUAAUUUUGGUGGUGGAAUUGUUCCUAAAGGUUGCGGUUUCGCCUUACAGAAUCGAGGGACUCAAUUCCAGCUACGCGAGGGUCACGUCAACACCCUCAAACCUCUCAAGCGGCCUUAUCAUACGAUUAUUCCAGCAAUAGUGACAAAGAACGACCGACUUGAUAUUGCCAUGGGUGUUAUGGGUGGCUUUAUGCAACCCCAAGGCCAUUUGCAGGUGAUGCUCAACUCUUGCGUCUUUGGCUUCAAUCCGCAGGAUGCUUUGGAUUCACCAAGAAUCUGCAUUCGACCUUCACGUACAAUGCCCGAAUAUGCCACGACAGACGAUUAUUCCAAGUUGACGCAAAAGUCAAUCGUAUGCUUGGAAGAGGGAUUUCCUCAAGAGACUGUCGAGGGUCUGCGCAAACUGGGACAUGAAGUAGAGCUCAUAACAGGAUGGGAUCGCGCAGUAUUUGGCCGAGGACAGGCUAUUCAAGCAAAGCAGGAUCCAAGCGGCCAAAGAGUGUACCAUGCUGGAAGUGAUCAACGUGGUGACGGACAUGCAGUUGCUCAGUAG